UGAGGUCUGGCAGGCUCUUUGGGUUAUAAAACGCCAUGCUCUGUUUCCACUUCCUCUCGUCAAGCCAUAUUAUCAUCUUCUCCGCCCUCUAACGUCCUCACCAACCCCAGAGAGAGAAGAGAAAGGAUUCUUCUUUUCCAACGUUUGCUGUUUUGCUGUAUCAAAUACUUUCGUUUCCAUUCCAAUUUUGUUGCUGUAUCAAACACUAGCCACCAUGCCCGCCGCCGCCGCCUCUUCAGGUUCCGGCCAAACCAUCUGCGUCACCGGAGCCGGUGGCUUCAUCGCAUCUUGGAUCGUCAAACUUCUCUUGGAGAGAGGCUACACUGUUAGAGGCACCGUCAGGAAUCCAGAUGAUUCUAAGAAUGCGCACCUGAAAGAGUUGGAUGGAGCACAGGAGAGGCUAACUCUUCAUAAGGUUGAUCUUCUCGAUCUUGAGUCCGUGAAAGCUGUCGUUGAUGGCUGUCACGGUGUCAUUCACACGGCGUCUCCCGUCACAGACAAUCCCGAAGAGAUGGUGGAGCCAGCAGUGAAUGGAACGAAGAAUGUGAUCAUAGCGGCUGCAGAAGCAAAUGUGCGAAGAGUAGUGUUCACAUCAUCCAUUGGGGCAGUUUACAUGGACCCCAAUAGGAGCAUUGACAUGGUGGUUGAUGAGUCUUGCUGGAGCGAUUUGGAAUAUUGCAAGAACACAAAGAACUGGUACUGCUAUGGGAAGGCAGUGGCAGAGCAGGCAGCAUGGGAUGAGGCAAAAGGAAGAGGGGUGGACUUAGUUGUUGUGAACCCAGUUUUGGUGCUGGGACCAUUGCUCCAAUCCACCAUAAAUGCUAGCACAAUUCACAUACUCAAGUAUCUCACUGGCUCAGCUAAAACCUAUGCAAAUGCCACUCAGGCUUAUGUUGAUGUUAAGGAUGUGGCAUUAGCCCAUAUUCUGGUUUUUGAGACCCCUUCUGCUUCUGGUCGUUUUUUAUGUUCUGAGAGUUCACUCCACCGUGGAGAACUGGUUGAGAUCCUGGCCAAGUACUUCCCAGACUACCCAAUUCCUACCAAAUGUUCAGACGAGAAGAAUCCAAGAGCAAAACCCUACAUAUUCUCUAACAAGAAAUUGAAGGAUUUAGGGUUGGAGUUUACCCCAGUGCAUCAGUGCUUAUACGACACUGUCAAGAGCCUGCAGGACAAGGGCCAUCUUUCUCCCCCCGACAAGCAAGCAGAAUCUGCUCAGAUUAAAUCCUAAACAUCUAGCCUCAAGAAUGAAGAUUAGUUACCGAGUGAUUAGUUCCUAUGUAGUAGUAUCAUUAUUAUCAUUAUUACCAUCAUUAAAGAUAAAGAGAAGCAGUUUUUAGCAAGGUGGGUCCUUAUGAAGCUAUGGAAGAUAUUUAAGAUAGAAUUGUGAACGUGUUGGAUAUCUGCAUCGGUAUCAGUCAACUAUUUCCUUCUAAUGGUUCUUCCUGUGUAAAACUUGUAACAUCAAUAUAUUUAAUUCCAUGUUGUUCUUUUUCUUUUUAUAA